AACUUCACGCGUCUCUCUGCGGUCUGCUUUGAGCUGAUCGGCGCAGUAUUGCGGGAUUAUUCUCUGUCUUUUUAAUUAAAUACUUAAUAAUAAUAAUUGGAUAUUUUUGUAUCAUCUCACUUUACACAUGUCCAAUCGCUCGGGGGAUCUGAUCUCGGUGAAGAUGAACGGAGCGGCAUUCCCCUCUCCCACAGCUGAGAUUGCGGAGAUGAACCGCAUCCACUAUGAUAUGGAGUACACAGAGGGAAUCAGUCAGAGAAUGCGUAUUCCCGAACAGCUCAAAAUGGCUCCGUUCAGCACAGGGGAGCAAGAACCCGAGCAGGAGGCCCUCCAUACGGCACUGAUGCAGGUCCCUGACAGAAUUGUAGUGGCAGGAGACAGUGAUGAUUCCCAGUUCUCCCGACCUAGAGAUCUGGACCUCAUCCAAUCCACCCCAAUAGCAGCAACGCUGUCCCUCAAGACACCACCUCGAGUCCUUACUCUUAACGAACAUCCCCUCGACUUCCUAGAAAUGGAGCAGUCAAUCUCCACCAGCCAGAACAUUGAAGAAGUGUCCACACAAAGCAAGCCACGUAGAGAACGCUCAGUCAGCGAGAACAUAGGUGUCCAUCACAAUGAGCAGCUGGCCAGAAAUGACUCCAUUAUGACUCCCUCCCUUCCUGCUCCAUUGCGCACUAUGGCCCCUCUCGGUGGCGCUGAGGACGGUUUUAACCUCUUCAAUGCCCACAGUGUCCUUUCCUUCAUCCAGUCAACCACACGCCGGGCCUACCAGCAGGUCCUGGAUGUCCUCGAUGAGAACCAGCGCAGCAAGCCAUCUCUGAGAGGGGGUUCAACUCUCUCUAACCCCCAGCAUGACAACAGGUAUGCGCUGGCCACACUGGACUCGACUCUAGAUGGAGGGCCAGAUGACAUGGCUUUAGUGGACGCCACUUCUCUACGCAGACAGAUUGUCAAGCUGAACCGGCGUUUACAGCUCUUGGAAGAGGAGAACAAAGAGAGAGCCAAGCGAGAAAUGAUCAUGUAUUCCAUCACUGUAGCUUUCUGGCUUAUUAACAGCUGGGUUUGGUUCCGUCGCUAAAACAACAGAAUGUGGGAGGGGCAACUCAUAACCUGCCCCCUCUAUUCUACAUGUCAAACUUUAGCCAUAUUUUCUCAUGGCUAACACAUUUUGUUUUCAUCACAGCAAGACUGGUAAAGUCAGGGAUAGUUUUUCUGUUUGGGUUUGUCUGUCUAUUUCGAUUUUAAUGUAAACAUGUAUGUAAAUUAAUUUUGUUUGUACAUUUGUGCUUUUUUCUGGUCUUGUGUGUUUUUAAGGACUUCAUGUUUGCAAGCCAAGCAUGACCCAGAUGUAUAUAUUUUUCCUCACGUGUCUUUCAGCUUUGGCUGUGAUCACCUAUUUUUCUAUUCAAAUUAGAAUGAUACCACAUCUCUUUUAGAAAGACCAAUGGAACGUGGCACACUAAUAUAUCCUAGACAAAGAAAAUGCACAUAAUAUUAAGUAAUAAUAUUUAUGGACUCUUGUGACAAAAUCAUAUUAUGUAUAGUCUAAAACGACCCAUUGCUGUUCAUGUAUUUAAGUAACAACUUUUCAUUGACAUUCAAACCAUACAUCUGUGUGUAAUUUAGGUAUGCACAUCAUCUAUGGAAAACAGUUCAACAAUGUAAUAUGUUAACUGUUAGCUAUGAAAUUUUGGCUACAUCCCUCCGUAUGUUCGUGGAUAUUAUGGAAAUGAUACUGCUUUAGACAGUUUAUAUAAAUAUAUAUUGCAUAAAUAUUCUAUUGCAAAGGCUUUUAUUUGAAUAAAUUACAACAAAAGUGAACUACGUAUUAUCCUGCCUGCUUUUUAAUCUUAUUUAUUGAUUUCACUUUAGUUAUACUCAAUAUCUGAAGACUGAAGUAUCCUAAAAAAGAACAUAUGUGGUGAAGUAAAUAUAGAGAGAAAAGAUUAAGUAAUUUCUACAUUGAAUAAGUUAGUUUAAGAGUGAACUUUUAAAAUAUUAAGUAAAUUCUACAUUUGUACUACAUGUAAAAAUGAAUGCGCUAGCCAAUAAGUAAAUAUUAUUUAUAAUUGUUUGUUAUCUUUGCAAUGCAUCAUCAUGUAUCAAUCCUAAAGUAGAAGACCAUGUCAUAUUUAUUUGCUAAUUUGAGUAAAUUUCACAGGUAAAUAAAAUAAGUCAAUUUUACUUCAAUUUUUGAAGCUGAUGUUCCCUGCGUGUACCAAGCUUUUGAAUAAUUAAUGUUUUGCAUCGUUCACUGUUUGCAAGUUUAUUCAGACCAUAGUUAUUAUUUUGUUGUUAAAUUUGGUAACUUCUUGUUUUGUAAAGUCUAAAGUUCAUUUUCUACUCAAAAUUACCCAUUCAUGAUCAAAAAUAAAAAUCUUUUGAUUGUAAUGUCAUCGUGUUUUGUGCACCAAAUGUUGAGUUCUACGUGCACAGCUCUAUAUCUUGCAUCUAUCACCAGUAAUGCAUGGUGAUGGUGUCUAAUAAACUACAUAGCAUGCAUUGAGGUUCCCCUGGAAGGCUUCUGUAUGUGAUGUGGUACAUUAUUAAACUACUAGGAAAGUUCAAAAUGACAAAUGUUUUUAUGUAUUAUGUAAAUCUUAGUUUAAUUACCAUGUGCACAUUAGAUUUGUAAGUAAAUGCUACAGUUUUUAACUGAAAUAUUUUUGCACAUAUUUAUUCUCUCACUAUAAUCAAUAUUAUGUUAUAAUGUUAGGUAGAUUUAACUUAAUUUUAUACCAUUGAAUUUUACUUUCACUUUAUUAAUUCACAAUUUUUACACAGUUUAAAGUAAAUCUUAUUUUUAUUUAUAAUUUUUUUGGACAUGCUUAGUGGGAAUACUAGGGUAUUUAAUGAGUACCAUGGUAUAUAAAUCUGUACCAUGCUAUACAGUAUAAGUGAAAUGGUAUUACCAUCUGAUAACAUCAUUAAACAUACUAUGUACUUGUUGGCUUUAAAGCCACAAUACUUUUUGUAAGGUUAUAUUGUCCAAAGAAAUUAUGCCUUCUGUGUGUUUGUACUUUUUUUCUGUAUGAUGCUGAGAACA